UCAUGUUGCUUUUCAGAACACUCACAGUUGUUAUUUAUAGAAAAGCUUUUAAGGGAAGUCUCAGAUUCUGUAACUGUGGGCUCAUUCCAGAGAAUCUAAAGCUCAGUUGAUCAGCUUCUCACAUUUCCUUACUUCAGGUUUCCUUUUUCAUCUCUAGCAUUGACAGAUGAACCUGGACUGCAAGAUCCCUGUUAGGAAGGUGGCAGCAGGAGAGGACAGGGAGCCCCUGAUGCGCUGACGGUUGGCCAUGUCUGGGAAGCACUGGCCCCCCGGGACGCAGUGUGUCACCAAGCAUGACCACAGCAAGCCCAAGCCCCGGGAGCUGGCUUUCCGCAAGGGGGACAUGGUCACCAUCAUCGAGGCCGUGGAGGGCAAAGGCUGGUACCGUGCCAGGCACAACGAGACGGGGCAGGAGGGGCUGCUGGCAGCCAGCGCGCUGCGGGAGCGCGGGGCCAUCCGCGCCGACCCCAAACUCAGCCUGAUGCCCUGGUUCCACGGGAAGAUCUCGGGCACGGAGGCGGUGCAGGAGCUGCAGCCCCCUGAGGAUGGGCUGUUCCUGGUGCGGGAGUCUGUCCGGCACCCCGGGGACUACGUGCUGUGCGUGAGCUUCGGCAAGGAGGUGAUCCACUACCGCGUGGUGCACGAGGAGAACACGCUCAGCAUCGACAGCCAGCAGUACUUCUCCAACCUCAUCGACAUGAUUGAGCAUUACAUGAAGGAGCAGGGAGCCAUCUGCACCAAGCUGGUGAAGCCCAAACCCAAAUCUGGGAUGAAGUCAGCUGAGGAGGAGUUGGCCAAAGCUGGCUGGUUGCUGAACCUGAAGCACCUCACACUGGGAGACCGCAUUGGGCAAGGCGAGUUCGGAGAUGUCCUACAGGGCGAGUACCUGGGGCAGAGGGUGGCUGUGAAGAACAUCAAGUGUGAUGUGACUGCCCAGGCCUUCCUCGCUGAAACAGCUGCCAUGACGAAGGUCCGGCACAAAAACCUGGUGUGUUUGCUGGGAGUGAUCCUGCACAACGGCCUCUACAUUGUCAUGGAGUUCAUGAGCAAGGGCAACCUGGUGAACUUCCUGCGCACGCGGGGCCGGGCGCUCGUCCCGACCCAGCAGCUCCUCCUGUUCGCUCUGGAUGUGGCUCAAGGCAUGGACUACCUUGAAUCCAAGAAGUUGGUGCACCGGGACCUGGCUGCCCGCAACAUCCUCAUCUCCGAGGAGAACGUGGCCAAAGUCAGCGACUUCGGCUUGGCCCGGGUCAACCCCAAGGGUGCAGAUGCCACGUUGCUCCCUGUGAAGUGGACAGCACCAGAGGCCCUGAAACACAACAAAUUCUCCUCCAAGUCGGACGUGUGGAGCUACGGGAUCCUCCUGUGGGAAACCUUUUCCUUUGGACGGGCACCCUACCCUAAACUGGCCCUGAAGGAGGUGACAGAGCUGCUGGAGCAGGGGUACCGCAUGGACGCCCCCGAGGGCUGCCCGCCCACCGUCUAUGCCCUGAUGAAGAGCUGCUGGGAGCUGGAGCCAGGCAAGCGCCCGUCCUUCAAGAAACUCACAGAGAAGCUACAGAAGGAGCUGAAGCACCUGAGGGACAUUUAACCCCAUCCUGCUACCAGGACACGGGACCUGAAGCCCCUAGAUCCUCCAGGGCUGGCUGUGGCAGAGCAAUAGGGGCCAGGAGCAGGAAGGCCCAUGGUGCUGCUCUCUCCUUGUGGAGAUGGGGCAGCAGCUCCCCUCCAUCUCAGCACGGUCCUUCUACCCGCCACACAGCCCAGAGAAGGUUGCCAUGGGAUGGAUCUCCCUUGGCCCACCCCAGAGGGGAGCAUGGCCCCAAGGGAGCCAUGCCCACCCCCCUUGUGCUCAGCCCCAGGAGCAGAUGCUGCAUGUGGGGUCCCUUCAAGCUGAGACUCCCAGUGAUGGGAAACAGGACUGGAAUGUCCACUCACUGGAUAAUGAGAUCCCACCCUGACUCAGCUCUGCCCCAGCACCCAGCCCCACAUGAGGAUGCUGGCAUAGCCAGCUAAAGCACAUGGAUUUGGGCUUUUUGAUUAAACCAAAGAAAUUAGUUCAACAGCA